AUGAAGGUUUCUUUGAUCGCUUUGGCUACCAUUGCCGCCGCCUCGCCCUUGAACUUUGCCUCCAAAGACCUGUCCGUCGUCCCCAGAGACGAAGGCGUCAUCCCUUGGGGUAAGAUCUUCGCCUUGUUCAGAAGAGACGACUCGGACGACAUUGGUGACAACUACGAAGACCACUCGCCUAAGAAGUCGGGCAAGAAGGGUGACAAGAAGCCCAACGCCGUCGACCAACUCUUCGGUGAUGAACUUCCCGAAGAAGACGACGACGAGGAAGAAGAAGGUGACGAUGACAACGAAGACGAAGACGAAGACGACGUCUACGCCGACGCCACCAUCAAGAACUUGAAGAACUUCCGCAUCAUUGUCGACUUCGAAUCUGACGACAGAUUGAUCUCGUUGAAGCAACAAAACGGCACUCAACAACCCGUCGCCGCCAGAUACGGUCAAGAUGCCCGCUUCAACUUGGUCAACUCGACGUUGACCAACCUCAACGGUACCAGAGUCGUCUUCGACGUCCUCGGCUCCUUCGGCUUGGUCAACGGUACCUUCAACGCUACCACCAACACCACCAACACCACCAUCCUCAGAACCCUUCCCUCGAACUCGGCCGCUUUGUUGUUGAAGUCGUCGGCGUCGUCUAAGGAAUCGUCAUCGGAAACCGGCUCGGUGUCGGAAGCCUCGGAAUCGGCUGAAUCGACCGCUACCGCUUCGUCGCAAGCCAGCGGUGCUCAACAACAAUCGCAACAAAUUGAACAGACCGCUCAACAAACCGAACAAACUGCUCAACAAACUGCUGCUGGUGCUGAACAACAACAAUCGGGCGCUGCUGAACCCACUCAAAUUGAACAACAAUCGGAAGCUGCCGGUGCUGAAGCCACCGCCACUCAAUCUGCCAACCAAAAGAGAGCUGAAAAGGAAUCGUCGUCGCUGAAGGAAUCGUCGUCGAAGGAAUCCAAGACCUCGUCGAAGGCCUCGAAGACUUCUGACGCUAAGGCUACUGGUGCUGCUGCCAAGGAAGAACCCAAGGAAUCUGGCUCUGGCUCGUCCAAGGGCUCGUCGUUGAACUCGACCUCGGAAUACAACUCGACCGGCACCAUCCAAGUGUUCGCUCAAAACGGUACUAACGUCACCUCGUUCCCUGGUUGGAAGAUCUACGAAAACAGAUUGUUCUACAAGGACUUCACUCAAUGGUACGGUUGCCCUGGUAAGAACAACCAAACCUUCCACAUCUCUACCCACAAGUGUAAGGGUGGUGAAAGAGUCAAGUUGAGAGUGUUUGUUUAA